CACUUCUUUUCGCUUCCUGCCGUGCGGAACCGAUCAACCAGUCCGAUCUAGUAAUUGAAGUGUAUUAUGGCUACUAACUUCGAUGGUUGCAAGAAUUACCGGGUGUACGUGUUUACACCAAAGUCCUCUAUCAGCGCCUGUUCGUUUUAAUCUCAAUCUACAUGGAUUAAAGGGAUUAAGUGGGUUUAAAUCCAUAGCAAGGCAAAAUGCCUCCUAAUCUCUCUCAAUCUUAUCCAUACUAUGCGAUGGGAAUAGCGGAACAAAUCCUUGCUGGGUCCACACAUCCACAGAGUUCAGUGCCAAAAUCAAAAUGCCACAUCGGAGGGUUGAUAAUCAGCCUGUUUGUUAGUAGCGCUAUCUGAAAAUAGCCAGUCCACAAUAAGCCUCGUGGAAUGAUUUUCGUUUUUGGAAGAAACGGAAUUACUUUCUUGAUUAAGCAGACCUUCCUAUAGACACAACGCAUGACAUUAGCACAACUGUCGGGAACCAUUACAACUGGUUGGCAAAUUAUUAGGAAAACGAGCCACUUUAUAUUGUCUAAAACCCAAAUGGUGGCAAGUGGCAUCCUUGUUGUAUAUCUAGAUUGAAUCAUUGAAGGAGUGGGAGACAAUAAACUUAACAAUGUACUGCCAGUCAAUUUAGCUGAUUUGUCUGACUUCAUGUUACAUUAAUCACCCUAAUGUCGUGUAAUAAGCUAAAAAUGAUGAGCCAAAUCAUAAUAACUUGUUGAUUCAGCUGUGCUUCCUUUUCUUCCUACUGCUUUAUGGCUUACUUGUCUCUCUGGAUGACAGAACAUAAGCUAAUUAUUUAUCUAGUUUCUGUUUCCUAAGCUUCGAUAGUUUUGUAUUGCCAGCAUUGGCCACAACUUGUGCUCCAUGCAAUCUUACCCAGCUUACAUUUUCAUUGACACUUGCAUGUCUUGAUCUAGGAUAAAAUAAAGUAAUACUGAGCUUUCUGUUUCAUGGGCAUUUGUCCUCUUUCGGGUUGUCAAGGAAGUAUGCUUACAUGCCAGUAUUUGAGAUGGAUAAUGUGAAGACUUAUGCAUCGCUUGGAUAAUUUUUGUGAUCGGUGAAAAUGGCUGCUGCUGAAGCAAGGGCUGCUUGGCAACGUGCUGCAAACCGUUGUCUGGUUCAGGAGGACAGGAAGAGAGCUCCAAAACUAGCUUGCUGUCCAUCAUCGGCUGAACAACAUGGUACAAACAAUGGGAACUGUCGAAAUUCUGUAGAUCGUCCUAUCUGCAGUUUAAUGCCUUUGAGCUGCAAUCCCAUGCAUUCUAAUCUGCCACCAGAUGUCAGAUGGUGGGUUCAGUCACAGCCAAAUUUUGGGAUCCAGAAGGAUAUUGUUAGCAAGCGGUUAUGUUCGUUGGGCAGGGACAUUCAUGAGAAGCAAGUGGAAGAUUCAGUGCCACAACCUAAACAUGAGGAAACAUUACUCUGUCAAGCAGUUGACACCAGCACUGAAAAGAUUGGAGAUGCUUUGGAGCCUCCAUGGAUGGUUUCGCCAGCCUUCACGAAGUAUUCCCUUGAAACAGGCUUAGAAGAGAUGAAGACUGUUGGUAGCUAUUCUCAAGUGUCGAAGUGCAUAGAAACUCUCAGCAAUUGUUUGUACAAGGAUAAUGAAUUCCCAGAUUUUGAAUGUAUUGACCCAGCACCUUUGAAGAACCCAGAUAAGGCUAAUUUUGACAUAGAUGCACCUUGGAAAGGUGAAAAGACUCGACCAUGGUGGCAGAUUGCUGACGAGGACCAGCUGGCUUCACUGGUUGCAGAAAGAGCAACACAGCACAUUGAGAAUUGUGACCUACCAAGGCCUACCCAGACAGUACGCAUUAACAGGACAGAACCAUAUACUCAAAAACAUAUAGGUGACUUUGGGGGACCUUCAUCUCCUGCAGGAAGAGUGUCACACCCUGUUCCUGGACAUUGUGACCAUAUCGAGUGUACCUAUAGCACAGGAAGUACAGAUGAGUUGGUUCUGUUAUAUGGUAAUGGAGUUUGGGAACAGCAUGGAAGCAGUGAUACAUAUAGUGUGGUUCAACAUUUUUCUAGCAGUAGCACAACCGGAUUGGAAAGCAAACAAACACUCCGGAAUGGCUCUGAGCGAGACAUGAUUUUGGAGGCACUCCGCCAUUCACAAACUCGUGCUAGAGAAGCUGAUAUGGCGGCUAAGAAGGCGUACAAUGAGAAGGACGACGUCAUCAAGCUUUUGCUCCGACAGGCCUCACAUCUCUUUGCGUGCAACCAGUGGCUGAAAAUAAUGCAGCUGGAGAAUAUUGUCCUGCAGCUCAAGAACAAAGAGCAUCAGAUAGCAGCCAUCAUACCUGAACUUCCAUGGUUAACCCUAAAAGAGAAGCCUACACAGGGUCAGGGGCAGAGAGAUUGGACUAGGAGGAAAGGUAGAAGGCAGAAGAAGGCAGCCGGGUUCUUCGACGCGAUCUUAUUUGCUGUUGGGUUGGGUCUUGCUGGAGCUGGGUUUCUUCUUGGCUGGACUCUUGGGUGGCUUCUGCCGAAGUUUUAAAGUUGUUGGUUAUUUUUAUUUUGGGGUACCCAGCUAGGCAUGUAUUUUGCUGUGUAGGAUCCAGAGGGAAGGCCAAGUGCACUCUGUGAAAAUGGUGUCAAAUGAUCAAAUUUGUUAGACCCUAGCAUCUGUUCAUUUGGAAACAAUGAUGGCGCAAUGAGUAAAUGAAUGGCUGUCCGCAUUCCACCAAGAGCAUUUUUUCUAAA